CCCUUGCGCGUCGCCGCCACUCGCAAGCAAGCAGCCGCCGCCAUGGCGCCGCCGGGCAACUCCGACGAGCUCGCGAGCUCCAAGAAGGUGAAGAAAUCUAACUCCAAGGAGGAGAGGAAGCACAAGAAGGGCAAGCAUGAGCGCCCCGCCGCCUCCGACGAAGCGCCGACUCCCCGCAGCGACGCGAAGGGGAGCAAGGGCAAGAAGCGGAAGCACAAGGACGGGGAGGGGGAGAAGGAGCACGGGAAGAGGUCCAAGGAGAGGAAGGGGGAGGGCGAGGCGGCGGAGGCGAGGCGCGGGGACGACAAGGUGAGGCGGGCGAUGGAGGACGAGAGGUUCGCGGCGGCGCGGACCGACCCGAGGUUCCGGGCGAUGCGGCGGAAGGAGGCGAAGGUGGAGCUCGACUCGAGGUUCACCAGCAUGCUGACGGACCCGAGGUUCUCGUCGUCGUCGGCGCCGGUGGACAAGCACGGCAGGAGGCGCCGCAAGAAGGGUGGCAGGGAGAACCCGAUGCUGCAGUACUAUCUCAACCAGGAGGAAGAGGAGGAAAAGGAGAAGGCCAAGUUGGUUGAAGAAGAGGAAGAAGAGGGGGACGCAGAAGAGCAGCAAGGGGAAGAAGAGAGCUCCAGUAGCGACGACGACGACGACGAUGAGGACGAAGAAGAGGACGAUGACGACGAGUACUCUGUCGGCAGUGACAUUGCGCAUUAUUUGAUGGGCAGGCAUGAUGAUACACCUAUGAUUGACAAGGAAACCCAUAGGCUUGCUGUUGUUAAUAUGGACUGGGAUCAUAUUAAGGCAGUUGACCUGUAUAUGGUGAUGACAUCUUGCCUCCCAAAAGGUGGGCGAGUCUUAUCAGUGUCAGUCUAUCCAUCAGAAUUUGGACUUGAGCGCAUGAAAAUUGAGUCAACUAAGGGCCCAGCUGCCCUUGUUGAUGUCAAUGGUAGUGAUGGUGAAUAUAGUGGUGGUGAUGAUGAUGACGACGAUGAAGAAGAAGAAGAUAGUAGUGACACUGAACAUGAUUCUGAGGCUGAAAACAACAAGCUACGUACUUAUGAGCUAAACAGACUGAGGUAUUACUAUGCAGUUGUGGUGUGUGAUUCCAGUGCAACUGCAAAUCACCUGUACAUGAAUCUUGAUGGUACAGAAUUAUUGAAAACAUCAAAUGUGUUCGACUUGCAGUUUAUUCCUGACUCUAUGGAAUUUAAACAUCCUGCUCGUGAUGUUGCUACAGAGGCACCUCCAAGUUACAAGGAGCCUAAUUUUGAAACUCGUGCUUUGCAACAUAGCAAGGUUAAGCUCACGUGGGACGAUGAUGAACCAGAACGCAAAAAGGUCUUGAGGCGAAAGUUCACUGAUGAUCAGUUAGAUGAUCUUGAUAUGUACUUAGCAAGUGAUGACAGUGCAUCAGACGAUGAAGGUGCAGAUAAUCAUGGUGACGAGUCUCUACAAAGUGGAGCCAAAAGAAAGUUAACAAGGGAGGAGAGGUUGGCUCUUCUACUACAAGGUGACAAAUCCGAGGAGGAACAAACUGAUGGCGAGGACAUGGAGAUAACAUUCAACACAGAGCUUGAGGACCUUAGCAAGCGUAUACUUGACAGAAAGGUCAACAAUGAGAAGACUGUCUGGGAGAAGCACCAAGAGAAAAUGAAAGAGAAACGUAAAUCUAGGAAGAGAAGGUCAAAGGAUGAUGAUGAUGAUGGCUAUAGCAGCGAAGAUGGCCUGGAUGAACAUGACGAUUUCUUUGAUGAUGAAAUGUCUGAUGAAGAAAUUAAGCCAAACAAGAAGCAGAAGGCAAAGGCCAAAGAUAAAGGAAAGGGGAAAGGAAAGGACAAACUCCCAGAACAACAUUUGGAGGAUGAAGCAACCAGAGAAGAGUUGGAGCUUUUGGUUGCGGCUGACAAGGAUGCAGGCAACGGUGCAAAGGGUUAUAACUUGAAGCGCAAAAAGGGUACGAAGGGCAAGAAGGGUAAAGAGCAAUCUGUUGAGGACGAACUUCCCGACAUAGAUCUUAGCAAAGAUGAGAGGUUCUCAGCCAUGUUCAAUUCUCAUUGGUUUGCGGUGGAUCCUACUGAUCCCCAGUACAAAAGGAGUGCGGCCUUUAUGCGCAAGCAAGCUGGGAUAAAGGGAGCACAUGAACCAUCUCUGGGAGGUAGAGGUAGUGGUAGAGGUACAUUGCCACCUGAUGAUGUGCCUACCGAUACUCAUGACCAGAAACCUGAUGGCACAUCCACGGAGAAGCUGGAAACAAUGUCUGCAGUCAAGUCACUAAAACGGAAGCUUACUGCAUUAAAAAACACAAGCAAGAGUGACCGAUAGAGAAAAGCUUUGCUUUACCCUGAUGACCAAUGAACAAGCUUUUUUUUUUAUUUGUCUAUGACGAGAGUUAUUUUGGCUUUAGAAUAGUUUUUAGGUAUGUUAUUUAUGUUUGCUACCUACCUAUGAAAAUGUGUCAAAAUUUGGGUUUUGACAAUGAUCAAGUAGGACAAUUUUGUUAUCCUUAAUAUUUUCGAAUAUAGUUCUAUUAUUUUCAGGCUAUAAAAUUAAAUUAUGAUGGUGGCUUUGUACCAACAUUA